CACCGUGCAGUUUGGGCACUCGGCUGGAAAAAAACCUGCAUUCGUCAUCUGCUUCGGCCCCUUUCGUCCUAGCAAACACACAAUGAAGCCCGUGAUCGAAUCAGUCGAUGCAAUAAGCAAGCUGGAACACCUCUCUGGUGUCAAGAUCAGACCAGGAGAGAACCCAUACGAUGCCCUCAUACAAAUUUGCAAUGACCAUCCCCAGUUCUUGUCAGCCGACUUCAAGGAGCUGAUUGUCGACCCUGUAUUAUUUCGGCUCGAAAGACCGUCGGUCCAGCCUGGAUUCCGAGACCCACGACACUGUCUUGUCGUCUGGGCAAGACCACCAGAGCACAUUUUGAAACUGGCUUCCCAUUUGCAAACCCUUCUCCAGAAGGCGGCUCCUAAUUUAUGGCUCAUGCCUACACACCGUAUGCACAUGACGACACUUGAGCUGGCGCACUCGCAGACCUCGGACGAAAUUGCGAGCCUUUUGUCGUCGAUACGACCGGCGAUACCGCUGUUGACGAACCUGACGUUUCUGCAUCGGGUCCGGUUGGUGAGACCCAUGAUAUCCUAUGAUCUCUCGGCCAUUGCCGUGUCGUUCGUCCCGGCAGCCGAGGAGCAUGACGGGUACACGUACCACCAUCUCCGCAGAGACCUGUUCGAGGCAGUGAAGAAGACCGGGGUUGAGGUCAGGUCGAGGUACGUGGUUCCUAGCGCUCAUAUCACGCUCGGGCGAUUUCUCGACCAAGAGGAUCACGCAACACCUCUGGCGCGGCAAAGCUGGAUUCGGGGGAUUGAAGAGAUCAAUGAAUGGCUGGAGACCCAAGUGUGGGACGCUGUCGACGGCGAGUUCAUGGGCGAGUGGAUUGUCGGUCAGGAGAAGGGGCUUGAAGUGCGGGACGGCACGCUAUGGUAUGGAGGUGGUCGCACCAUCAUGGCAGGAGAAGGAUUCUAAGUUGACUCAUGUUGGAACGGCUGGGACUGUUGGUAAUACUACCUAUACUUUGUUUCGGUUCCCCGUCCUCACUGUACCAUGUUGUUGGCUGUUAUGGUGCAUAGUUGGUGCACAGUGGACAAAGUUUAUGCUGCUGAGGUAGCGAGCGAUCUCCAUCUAAACCGACCUUGUCU